AUGAGUGGCGGAGGGACGGAGACCCCUGUAGCGUGCGAGGCCGCUCAGGGUGGCGGCGGCGGCGGCAAGAAGCGGGACUCGCUGGGGACGCCGGGUGCGGCGCACCUCAUUAUCAAGGAUCUUGGAGAGAUUCAUUCAAGGCUUCUGGAUCACAGACCAGUUACCCAAGGGGAAAUUCGUUACUUUGUAAAAGAAUUUGAAGAAAAACGUGGCCUUCGAGAAUUGCGAGUUCUUGAGAACUUGAAGAAUAUGAUCCAGGAGACAAAUGACCGCAUGCUUCCCAAAUGCAGGGAGACGAUGCAGGAUGGCCUGGAGGAGGCCCUGCAGAGAUUGCAAGCAGCUAACGACUCCAUCUGCAGACUCCAACAGAGAGAACAAGAACGGAAAAAGGUGAUUAAUGACCACUUGACAGCUAGUGAGAAGAGGCGUCUGCUCCAGUGGGAGGAGUUCCUGAAAGAACAGCCACAACACCGAGCCGAAGUGGAUGACGAGCACAGAAGAGCCAUGGAAAGGCUCAAAGAGCAAUAUGCUGCAAUGGAGAAGGACCUAGCAAAGUUUUCCACCUUUUAAGAAUUUGAUCUACAGGGACAGAUGAAUGAGAAAGCACUGGCUUUCCACCAAAUCUUCCCACCAACCAUGUAGCCUUUUCUUCAAGCUGAGAAAUAUACUCAGUGGCACUCUAAGGUCUGAAGAGAGAAACUUCUGGAGCCAGAUAAAUGUCGGUGAAAAGAGAGUGCUUACGUGUCUAAAUGUGAUCAUUUGAAGAAGAGUGAAAAUGGGACACAUUUAUUUCUAGCCAGAUUUGGUCUUCUUAUUGGUGAUUAGUUUAGAUUGCCAUGUGUGGAUUUCAGGAGUCCAUUUUUACCAAGGGUAGAUGGUUUACCAUUUUGGAUUAAAUGGCAGCUGUGACAGCUGCCUGUCGAAGCAUCUCUGAGGAAGGCUUAGAACAGCUUCUGCUGUGACAGAGAUGCCGUGGUGAGCUUUGAACAAACUUGCUUGGAGACACCAAUUUUGCAGUACAACACAAUACCGUGUGUUUUACUGGGUGACAAGACGUACCUGAUUGGUGACCUUCUAGAACUUAAUAUUUCCAUCUUCUAAACUGUGCUUAGGAGAAAAAUGCCACCAAAGUGCAUUCUGAUAUUUAGCCUCUCCAAGGAUCAUCAUCUUGCCCAUAGUACUUCCUUGCUUUUGUGUGUAUUUAGCUUUGGGCAAACUUUUUAAGGGAUAGUGUAUGUGCAUGCUUCAGCUGCUCAGGGGGUAGUCGACAGAAUCUGCCAAGGAGGCCCUUCCGAAUCAUGUAAGUUAGCUCUGGGCAGACUAGAAAUGUCCGCCACACUGCAGAGGAUCUGUGUUAGAGGUAAAUCCCCUCAGUGUUGACAUCUGCUCUCCAGCAGAUGUGUCCAGAUGGAACACCGCUGUCCAUCACCACUGUGAUCUUUACACUUGCACUUAAUCUAGUCGAAGAACCACAUGGAAUUUCAUUUGCUACAAAUUAAACAGACUCGCAUGCAGUCAUUUGAGGAGAUGCAUAGCCAGUGGGUUUGAGGUGCGGGUGAGUGUUUCUAGUAUUUUCUGUUGCUCUUCAGUCAAGAAAGGUAAGAAAGAAAGUACCUAAUUCUCUGGUGAUAUCUCAGUGUUCUCACUGCAGAACACUGACAAUGCUUGCCUGUGUAAAUGUAUGGCCAACUGUGAAAGCUUCAUUCUUGGCUCAUGUUGAAAUGUGAUUAAAGCUAAUAGACGAGA